GGGAGGACUUUGCACCCCGCCCCGUGUUUGCAGGAGCGGGGAGGCGCGUUGAGAUCCUUUCCAGACGGGAUGUUCUUCUAUGCAGCCAAGUGAAUGAGAGUGUCUUUCCGGAGUCAGAGGCAACCCAAGAGAAAGGGGAAGGAGAUGGAAGAGAAGGACCCCAAAGGGCUUGGAAUUGGGAAAAUAUCAAGGAAAGGUCUCCAUCCCCUCAAAGCAGGGAGUGGUGCUGAAUUUUGGGAAAGAACCAUGCCAGAGAAGUUGAUUCAGAACCCUGUGACCGCAGAUGAACGCAGCCGAUGCUUCCGGCAGUUCUGCUACCAGGAGGCUGAUGGGCCCCGAGAGGUUUGCAGCCGGCUCCACGGACUUUGUAAGGACUGGCUGGAGCCAGAGAGGCGCACCAAGAAGGAGAUGGUGGACCUGGUGAUCCUGGAGCAGUUCCUGGCCAUCCUGCCGCAGGAAGUGCAGGGCUGGGUGAGAGGAUGCGGGCCAGAGAGCAGUUCCCAGGCAGUGGCCCUGGCUGAAGGUUUCCUCCUGAGUGAGGCAGAGGAGAAGAGGCAGGCACAGCAGAUGUGGGGGGGACCCGUGAAGGUGGAAAGAAGCUUCCCUGAGGCGGAAGGAGCUCCAUCAGAGGAAGGUCAGAGGGCGCAGACCCAGGAGCGUGCCCAAGAUGCCCCAUCAAGUGGCAGCGAAGAGACGUUAUCGAGCCCUUUUCUUUGCAGAGAAGUGGAAACGCCUCCUCAGCCUCUGGUCCAGUCUCCAUUUUCCAUUGAGGAGGUGGCCGUGAAUUUCUCCAUGGCGGAGUGGGGCCUGCUGGAUCUGGACCAAAAAGCCCUCUACAGAGAAGUCAUGCUGGAGAGCUGUGGGAGCGUGGCUUUUCUGGCAGAUGUAGAGGAGACUGCUGGGGAAUUCCAGGGGCUCUCUUUGGGAACAGUCAAGAAUGAAGAUGCUGAAGAAAACUCUGGAGAUGGACCACAGAGGCAGGAGGAAAGCCACGCAGGAGGAUGA